GUGAGAGGAAGGUAGGCCUACAGAAGUUACACGAUGAUGACUUAACCUACCUAAAUUGACUCAGUUAUGCAGAAAGCGAAGAACGCCAGACGCGUGCCUCUCAAGUUUGCAACUGCUGCUUAGCUGGCUGCGCACUUUCGGUUUCGUUGGAGAGGGAAGUGUUGUUACAAAUCAUCAAGUGGCUUCUGUAGCCUACUUUCAGUUGGAUGUUCGUAUUCGAAUCUUGUCUUCAUCAAGAACAUCAAAACUGGAUUUUAGACGCGUUGGAGUAAAAUUGAGCUGUUGACGCCUGCCAUUAUUGUGACCAAUGAGCGUGGAAACAUGAGCCUGUCUCCGUCCUGUAUGCCCUUACGUCUGGAGAGGAGCAAGCCAGUUUACUAAGGGACCAUUGUGAUUCAGUACUUAAAGUUUGUGGUUUCAGCGUUGUGUGACCAUGGCUCAGUGGGAACAGAUGAAGCUGCUAGUUCAGCGGCUGCCUACCCAGGCUCUGAGUGAACUCUAUCCCCCCUCAACAUUCCCCAUGGAUGUUAGACACUACUUGGCCAGCUGGAUUGAGGAUCAACCAUGGGAGGAGUUUGAUGUUGAAAAUAUGGAACAAGAGCCGCAAGCACAGAGUCUUGCAAGCAAUAUUGAACAGCUACUCUUGGAACAGGCUCAGCAGCAUCAAAAUGUACUUGAGAGAAUGAGACUGCAGGACUUCAGCAGGAAAAUGGGCAUGGUCCAGCCAAUGAUGCUAGUUCGGACGGUGAGAGAAAUACUACGGAAGGAGAGGCAGUUUCUUGGCCUGACGGGGCCACGGAGGGCUCACUUUGGCCACCUUGGCCAAUGUCCGCCGGGGCAAGCUGUCCCAAGGCUCUCGCCGAGCCCUAGAGCUGUGAAUGGCAACCCAAAUCCUGUAACCAAGAGCAACCAAGACAUGGACAACCUGGUCCUCAAAGUGCUGGAGAUACGCAACUGCCGCCAACAAAUGCACGAGCUCCAGGGGGAGCUCAACUGGGAGAGGCAGGAUGGGGAAUCCAUGUCAAGCCCCAUGCACUCCAGUGAGCUUGAUAAGUCACAGUUAGAAAAGCAACAACGCAUCCAACAGCUGGAAUACAAAUAUCAGGAGUAUGGCAAGAAACGCGUUCAGCUGCUGCAUGAGACCAUCGUCAUUCUCCAAGAGUGCCAAAAGCGGCUCAUCCAGAGGAUCAAGGACUGGAGGUGGGAGCAACACCAGGCCUCCAUCGGCGCUCCUUUCGACGAGAACCUGGUGCCUCUGCAGACCUGGUGUGAACAGUUGCUAGGUGUGAAUGUGCAGCUCAGACAGGAAGUCAUUUUGGUGGGACAGGAUCAUGGCAGUUCAGAGCCAUUCGCAGAUAUGCAGGACCGGCUUGGGAUGCUGCUCAAGACUCUCAUCCAGAGCUCCAUGGUGGUGGACAAGCAGCCGCCGCAGGUCAUCAAAACCCAGUCCAAGUUCUCCACCACCGUGCGCUAUCUGCUCGGAGAGAAGGUGGCCACGGGCAAGCCCAUCCUCCUCAGGGCUCAGAUCGUCACGGAGGUGCAGGCGCGGAACCUGGGACAGCCCGGCGGCAUAACCACUGAGAACGUUGGGGAACUCAUCAACAGCACAGCGAUAUUAGAGCAUAACCCAUCCAGCAAAAGCAUGUGUGCCAACUUUCGAAACAUGUCCAUCAAGAAGAUAAAGAGAGCAGACAGAAAGGGCUCAGAGUCAGUGACGGAGGAGAAGUUUGCCAUUCUGUUUACUGCAGACAUCGCCAUCACAGGAUGUGACACUGCUUACGGCGUCCAGACUAUCACCCUGCCUGUGGUCGUUAUUGUUCAUGGCAGUCAGGAUAAUAACGCUAUGGCAACCAUUGUUUGGGAUUGUGCCUUCUCAGAGCCGAACAGGAUCCCGUUUGUGGUGCCAGAGCGGGUUCCCUGGACGCAGAUGCGGCUGACCCUGAGCAGGAAGUUUAUGUCUGAGGUUGGGACGAACCGUUGCCUAGACGACAACAAUCUGCACUUCCUUGCCCAGAAGAUUUUCAACAAACCAGACAUCUCUGAGGACUUCAGCAACCUCUUAGUGACCUGGUCUCAAUUCAACAAAGAAGUUCUGCCUGGUCGGCCAUUCACCUUCUGGCAGUGGUUCGAUGGCGUGAUGGAACUUACCAAGAAACAUCUGGCGCGAUACUGGAGUGAUGGUUUGAUCUUUGGCUUCAUUGGGAAGCAGCACCUGCAUGUGAUCCUGCAGAAUAAGCCCAAUGGAACUUUCCUCCUGCGCUUCAGUGACUCAGAGAUCGGAGGCAUCACCAUCGCCUACGUAGCCCCAGCCGAGAAUGGUGGCAGAAGAAUCCAGAACAUUCAGCCCUUCACCAAACGGGACCUGGAGAUCCGCUGCCUUGGUGACCGCAUCCGAGAUCUGGAAUUCAUUACACAUGUAUAUCCAGACCUGCCAAAGAAUGAUGUGUUUGGCCCGUACUAUUCAGAUAUGUUAGGGCCUAUCCCGCCAACUACAGAGGGCUAUCUACCUACAACUAUUACCACCACAGUCGUUGGUGCAAGGGACCAUCCCAGCCCGUCUUCUAGUUUGACUGAUGUACAAAUGGCUCCCUUUUCUCAGUUCACUGUGCCCAUGUCUCAGUUCCCACAGGACUUCAGUCCUUCUCACGCCGCUCCUCUUGUAGCUGCAGUAUACCCCCAUUUUGAGGACUUCCCCAUUGCAAACAUGCCUGCAAAUCAGGCUGGGACACCUGAUGAAAUGUUUCUCCAAGAUUUGGACUUUGAUACGUCUAUGUGAUCACUAAUGGAAUGGCAAGGGUUCUUCCACCUGCCUGGAAGACACUGCAGCAAUAUGAAAGUUUGGAUUGUCAGUUUGUUGGGACGUCAUCAUCAGACAGUGUUAGACUUUUCACAGACUCUGACUCUUUUAUCAUGUGAGAGCGAGGGGGGUCGAUAACAGCUUAGUAAAUAUCAAGUACGGGAUAAUGCCGUCUGUAUUUUACAGCUUGUAUGUAACGUGUGCAUUUAAACUUCACAACAAGUUUGGGCAACUCAACCGAGCAGUGGAAUAAUGAAGUGAUAAUGAACUCAAGCAGUUGGUUUGGUGGGCAGAGAUUGACAUUAAAGGGAUCCCACACUAAAUACAGUAUCCAGGCAGCAGCUCUCCGUGGAUGGUCUCCUAAGGAUGGCUUUCACAUGCCGAGAUGGGAUGAGCUGAGCUUGAGACAACAGACCCGCAUCGCUAUCCACUGGUGAGAACUACGAGAAAGCUUUUGGGAACCUUACUUAGUAUUGGACUGCUACUCAUUCACACAACAUUACCGUCAAAGUUACCUUCCUCUGUCUUUUGAGUUUAUUUUUUAUCUUUGAGGUUGUGGUCAUUUUCGGCAUCCCUAUUUGUCACCAUGGCCUGCUUGACUUCAAUGUUUUUCUACAUAGCCAGCACAGCUGAUACAGGAAGACUGAGUUCUCUAUUCACCAGCUGUCUACAUGUCCCUGUUUGUGUAUUUUUUAAUGAAAGUGAGAUAUCUUAGUGCUGAUUAGUGUGCCUUUCCAAGCUGAAAACGGCCGCGUUUUCCAGAUUCGUUAAGAAGAGCGUUCUAAGAGCGCUCCGAAGAAGUUCUUUAAGAGCUUCCUAACGAAUCUGGGAAACGUGGCCAAUAGCGGUAAUAACACUUGACUGUCAGUGAUGUUUCGCUGUAUCUGACUUCACUAUACGAGGGUAGAUAACCGCCCUUGGCCGGGAUUCCCAAAAUCGUUAAGAAGCUCUUAAGUCCUAAGAACUUCUUAGGAGCGUUCUUAGAACAUUCUUACAACGCUCCUAAGAAGUUCUUAGCACUUAAGAGCUACUUAACAAUUUUGGGAAACCCGGCCCUUGUUAGCUUUGAGGAUGUGUAUAAGCUCCAUUCACUCUCUGUGGGAUCACUGAAUGAAAUGCAGCUCAUGCAGGGGAUACAGUAUAUGAUGUCUGAGCUGCAAUGCAACAGCAAUUUGAGUGUUCAGUCUUUAGCAAAUGACUAUUAUCCAACUUGAUUGUAUGUGUAUGUGAAUUCCCUGAAUGUAUUCAAUAGCAUUCUAAAACAAUCUUACAGUAUAUGCAUACCUCUAAGGUGAUUUAAAUUGCAGUCUUACUUUUUCAGUCUUAAUGUUGCAGCAUUUUUUGCUAUACGUUGGCAUACGCUUUGGAUCUAUUUUAAUAUAAAAUUGUUUUAUCUCUAAACAGUUCUAAA